AUGGCUCAGGCUCUUGGUAAUUUGAACCAACAACCAGAGAUAGAUUGGUUGGAGAGAUUCCAGCGAAAUAAUCCACCAAGCUUCCGUGGGGGUUAUAAUCCUGAUGGAGCUGCUGAUUGGAUUUUUGAAGUGGAAAAGAUAUUCCAAGCUAUGGGAUGUCCUUUGAUACAGAAGAUGACUUUGGCUGCCUUCAUGCUUUCUGGAGAGGCUGGCAUCUGGUGGCAAGGUGCUCUGCAAAGAAUGAUAGCUGGAGGUACCCAAGUGAACUGGGAGAAUUUCAAGCAGCUAUUCUUGGAGAAAUACUUUCCCCGAGAUGUAAGACAUAAGAAACAUGUGGAAUUCCUUGAAUUGAAGCAAGGAGAAGAUUCUGUGGCUAAUUAUGUGACUAAGUUUGAAGACUUGGUUAGAUUCUGCCCUAUGUAUGAUGGUGUGGGCAAUGAGGAGGACAAAUGUGUGAAGUUUGUGAGUGGUCUUCGCCCUGAUAUUAAAUAA